AUGUUAGUCGAACGGGGAAACUACCGCCAUUGUUACGAAAUCAUCCGCAGAGAUGGCUACCAAACGCCGAUUUUAAUCUAUGUUUCCACCUCGGACGUGGACGCGUUGUGCGCGUACAGAAUCUUAAAAUCCAUGUUCCAGUCGGAUAACGUCCCGUUUUCCGUGUUCCCGGUGAGCGGGAGCGAGGAGCUGCGGAAACGAGGGAAGGAAAUCCCGGACGAUGAACAAAACCGGGCGAUAGUUUUGAUAAACUGCGGAGGGACCGAGGACGUGAGAGAGAUGAUGGAUUUGAAAGUGAAUUGCAGAGCGUACGUGUUGGAUUCGCACCGACCGCUGUCGUUGCAAAACGUGUCCGAGGAGAAUAAGGACGUGUACGUGAUCAGAGAUGACUCAAAGGAAGGGGAUGAUUACUUUCCGGAGAUGGAUACGGACUCGGAAGAGGACGACGACGACGAGAAGAACGAGGACGAAGCAGAGUCGGAUUUUAGUUCAGACGACGACGACGACGAGGAAGAAACGGCAAGACGCAAACAAAUCAAGCUUGAUAGACAAAGAGAGAGGCAGUCGCAAAGAGAGGCUCAACAGCCAGAGUCGCCGAGGACGGUCGCGUUGCGAAGAAAGAAAAGGCAGGCGGAAAGGGUGGAGUAUUGGCGACGCGGGUCGUAUUACGGUCGAUCGGCUGGGUUGUGCGCAUUCGAUAUGGCGUUUGACAUGAAGAAAGAGGGACUGGAGAAGAAUUUAUUGUUAUGGUUAGCGAUUGUGAGUUUAACCGACCAGUUGGCGCACCAAAAAGUGAGUCAGGAGACGUAUAAGCAGUAUUGCUUUCAGCUGAUGUCGCAAGUAUCCAAUCAAAUCAACGGGAACAUGCACCAGGAGAGAGCUUUGGACGACGGGACGAUGGUGAAAGUGUUUGAGGAUCGCAAGAUUUCGAUUGAAGAAGAAUUAAGGUUUGAGAUGAUGCGGCAUUGGAACUUAUACGAUGCGAUGCUGCAUUCGCCGUACGUUGUCACUCGAUUGCAAACGUGGAAAGAGAGCGGUGUGCACUUGUUGGAUUCGUUGUUGGCCACUUGCGGGUUGUCCUUGCAAGAAGCGAAGCAGAAGUUUUCGCACAUGAGUCCAAACAUGGAGAAACAAAUGCGGGAAAAGUUGAAAGAGCACGCCGGAUCGCACGGCGGGUUGCACGAUUUAACGUAUUGGUCGUUUACGUACCACCAUGGAUUUAAAGUAAAAAUGUCUGCGAUGGACGUGGUAUACGCCGCGACGGCUAUUUUAGAGAAUUAUUCCAGGUGCGACGUAGAGGACGAUGAGGACGAAAAGGAAAACGAAGAAAACAUCAACACCGAAAAUGACAUGGAUAUUAGAGGUAACAGUAACAACAACAGACGGAAAAGCGUGGGAGGAGGAGGCGAUGAGGAAGACGGCACGCCGGAAUCCUCGGCGGCAGCGUUCUGGACCGCCUCGAAGGUUUUAAGUUUGAGCAACUGGGAAGAGACAUCAAAUGGAUUACAACGAGCUAUGCGCGUGCAACGUGCGCUCAUUCGUCAAGGUGGGUUCGCUUUGUCGAACAAAGGCUCGAUUAAAACGCUCGGUUCGUUGAGAUACUUUUCGUUGACCGAGCACGGUUCUCCUGCGGAUGUGGAUUUAUUUAAGCAUCCGCUGACGCUUUUGCGAUUGGCGUUGUUUUUGCAAGAUGCUUUGAGACAGGUGAAAAAAGUUCUCAGACCGUUAAUCGUCGUCGGUCCGUCUAUGAUUGACCCGAACUAUUUCUUGGUUGUCGGCGUGACGGAAAAGCCGCAGACAGAUUCGAUCGAAAGCGGAGGUAACUUUUUCAUGCAAUCGUACGCGCGCGCGGCAGAGCAAGUGAGAGCGCACACGAAACACGGGAGUUUCGAAGGAAGCGUGGUGCAAGUAGCCAAAACGGACUUACCGGAGUUUUUAGAAUCGUUGAGUGAUAUCGACGCCGAACGCGUCGCGAGACAAGCUUAUAUGAGAAAUUAUUAG